ACACAAUCAUGGCGCCCCCUAACGAUCGCAAAGAGAUACUGGACAACCUACGAAAGUUGAUAUCAGAUGGCACUGUCAUUGUUGGUGCAGGCGCUGGCAUCGGUCUGUCGGCCAAGUUCAUUGAGCAGGGUGGUGGGGACUUGAUCAUCAUCUACAACAGCGGUCGGUUUCGCAUGGCAGGCAGGGGCUCUUUGGCUGGUCUGAUGCCUUAUGGGAACGCAAAUGACGUCGUUUUGGAGAUGGCAAACGAAGUCUUGCCCGUUGUGAAGAGGACGCCGGUUCUUGCGGGAGUAUGCGCCACUGAUCCCUUCCGCGAUAUAGAUCGCUUCCUCAAACAGUUGAAAGACAUUGGGUUUGCGGGUAUCCAAAACUUCCCGACAGUCGGUCUCAUAGACGGCCAAUUUCGACAAAAUCUAGAAGAGACUGGAAUGGGCUACGACGCGGAGGUCGAGCUGGUGCAGAAGGCACGUGCGCUCGAUCUCAUCACUACGCCGUACGUCUUCAACGUCGAAGAAGCGAAGAAGAUGAGCGAGGCUGGUGCGGAUAUCAUCGUUGCGCAUAUGGGUUUGACCACUUCUGGAUCCAUCGGUGCAACGAGCGGGAAGAGCUUAGAAGACUGCGUCAAGCUAAUACAAGAGAUUCGAGACGAAGCUAUCAAGGCCAAUCCGGAUGUCAUAGUACUAUGCCACGGAGGUCCAAUUGCUGCGCCGGAAGAUGCAGAGUAUGUAAUAUCUCGAACUAAGGGCGUACAUGGCUUUUACGGCGCGAGCUCGAUGGAACGUCUGCCGGUGGAAGAGGCUAUUACGAACAUCACUAAGACAUUCAAGAACUUGAAACCUAGCGCAUAGGAUACC